AUGGGUAACGGAGCCAAGGCACAGCAGAAGCGCGACCGCAAGGGCGCCGACGGGCCCAAGGAGGCUAAGUCGCAGCUGAAAUCCAACUCCGCCGCCCAGACUGUCAAGUGCAAGACCUGCUUCCAGACUUUCCAGAGCACCACAAACCGCAAGCUGCUCACUGAACACGCCUCGAACAAGCACAGCAAGCAGUUUGCUGAUUGCUUUAAUGCCGAAGACGGUGUUGCGAAAUAA